AGCAAACUAAUUAAAUACCUAAGGUACUAGCUUUCUACACCCUCCAUCCCGUGAUUUACUUGUAAGGCAAAAUAAGGCAAUUCAAAUACUAAACGUUAUCCCCCAAUCCAGCGAGCGACAUCUUUGAGAAUCCUCCUCAAAACCCCCCCCAAAACCCCCCAAAAUGUACCGCCAGACUCUGACCAAGAUCCCGUCUCGAGGCCUCUCCCGCCGCGCAUUCACGACGACCGUCCGCGCCAUGGCAGCAGGCGACACCGGCGCCCCGAAAACGGCAGGCAGCUUAGCCGGUCAAAGUGACGCCUUCCAGAAGCGCGAAAAGGCUAACGAGGAUUACGCGAUCCGCCAGCGCGAGAAGGAGAAGCUCCUCGAGCUGCGCAAGAAGCUCCGCGAGCAGCAGGACCACCUCCAGAAGCUGUCCGACCACAUGUAAGUCUAUCCAGUUUACCUAGUUAGAACAUUUUCCCCUGCGGGAUUUGCUAUAUCGGCAAUAUGUACUGAUAGAUAUGCCUUCGCUAUAGCGACGAGUUGACCAAGGACCAAG